GACAGUUCGCUUAAACGAACUCAAAAAAGUGUGAUUUCGCGAACUCGAAAAAUGGUAAAAAUCGCCAAAAAACGAGUUCAGUUAUGCGAACUCCCAAAAGUGUGAUUUUGGACUUAGCGAAAUUUUUGCAAACUUUUUGAAACCUUUCAUCAUUCCAUUUUGACAUUUCUGUUAAGUUUGCUGGUAGAGAUAGAUCGCGGAAUGGAACAGAGAUCCGGCGGAACCUUUGCCACUGAAGGACGAUCUGCUGUUGGCGGACGAUCCACCGUUCUGGACUCGACCACCCUCAAACUGGCCAACUCGGACAUUCCCGGAAACCCGGAAAAAAACAUCUGGACGCUAUCGACUGACGGGAGUCCUCGAUCCGGAUUAUCUGCUAGACGCGAUCACGGAAAAGACGGCCUCGACGUAUUGUCUUACCGUGGAGCGCUGUGGCCAGAGGAGAACGUCGCGUGCAACAAGUUCAACUCGAAGAUCAUCCAGGGUGAGGUCAGAUCUGAAGCUGGUGGGAAGUCAGACGAGUGCGCACCGGUUCCACAAGGUCGUGUGGAGUCCGCUGGAUUUUGGUACGGCCACGAACCCGAACGGGGUCAUCGUCGGUGGUUGCGAAGCUGGCAUCAUCCAGGUUUACAGCGCUUUGAAGCUGUUGGCCGGGGAGAACGCGCUGAUGGCUCGGGAGCGUCGGAGUCGGAAAUCUUCAUCUGGGAUCUGAACAUCACGGCGGCGCCGAUGAGCUCAGGAACGAAGGCGCAACCGUUUGAGGAUGUUCAGGGUCUCGCAUGGAACCGACGGGUCCAGCAUAUCCUGGCCUCCAUCUCCAGCUCGUGUUGCGUCAUCUGGGAAAACCCAUCAUCAAACUGACCGAUACCCAAUCGCGGAUCAGUUGGCGCGCGCCGUCCAGUGGCACCCGGAAGUGGCCACCCAGUUGUGAGUAGCCCCCUCCGUUCAACUGUGGGAUCUCCGCUACGCGACUGCCCCCACCAAAACCUUCCACAUCCACCAGCGGGGUGUCCUCGGUCUGACCUGGUGCCCGAAGGAUUUCGACCUGGUCGCUUCCUGCAGCAAAGACAACAAAAU